AUGAAUAAAAUUCUUUUGUUUCUUAUUAUUAUUCUGGCAUUUGCUAAUUCAGUUAAAACACUCUCAAAAAAUGAAAAAGAUACUGAGAAUUUGUCAAACAAAGCAGUUUUAAAAAUUCGUCAUCAUCAACCGCAACCACAACAAACUGGUGGUUCAGCUCCUGGAA